AUAGAAACUCCUGUAUCUGGAUAUGGAUCAACGACGCGCCGUGCGCGUGCUCAACGCUCUUGCUCGUUGGCUGUGAUUUGUGAACGAAGGAUACGCAUUCUCAAGAAUCUCAACGAACGGAGUGAUGGCGGCGACUGGCGUCGACACCUCGCUGCUCUGCUCCACAACCGCCUCCUUCUCCCUUUCCCGCCGGAAUUUCAAAUUUCCCACCAAAUACCGCGCGAGAGUCGCAUUCCGUCGGAAAUCCGUAACAGCUUCGUCGUCCGCCACCGCUGCCCCUACCGCCGGUGAUUCAGAUUGUGCAUUGUAUGGAAGGAGAGGAAUUUUAUCUGCGGCUAAGGUGUCAUUCAUUCUUUAUCUUCACAAGUCCCUGGAGGGUUUUAGGGCUAAUGCUGCCGACUUGGGUGCUAGAGAUUCUGUUUUUGUGAAGGAUGUGGUUAAGAAGGUAUUGUCCAAGGGCAAGGCUGCCGGUCUGCUUCGCUUAGCUUUUCAUGAUGCUGGAACCUUUGAGAUGGAUGGGAGUUCAGGUGGAAUGAAUGGUUCAAUAAUUUAUGAACUCAAUAGGCCAGAAAACACUGGUCUUAAUAAACCUCUUAAGAUUAUUGAGAAAGCAAAGGCUGAGGUGGAUAUUGCGAGAUCAGUAUCAUGGGCAGACAUGAUUGCGGUAGGAGGAGCUGAAGCUGUUUCCCUGUGUGGAGGUCCAACUAUUCCAGUUCAGUUAGGCAGAAUAGAUUCAAAGGUUCCUGAUCCUGAAGGGAAACUUCCAUUAGAGACAUUGGAUGUUUCUGCUUUGAAACAGUGUUUUAAAAGAAAAGGCUUCUCAACACAAGAACUUGUUGUGUUAUCUGGCGCUCAUACUCUUGGAAGUAAAGGUUUCGGGAAUCCUACUGUCUUUGAUAAUUCAUACUUCAAAAUACUUCUAGACAAGCCUUGGCUGUCUUCAGCUGGUAUGUCUAGUAUGAUUGGGCUCCCUUCCGAUCGUGCACUUGUUGAGGAUGAUGAUUGUUUAAGGUGGAUCUCAAAGUAUGCUGAUAAUCAGAAUUUGUUCUUUGAAGAUUUCAAGAAUGCCUACAUCAAACUUGUUAACACUGGCGCAAGAUGGAGAACAUGACGAUUCUUGAUCCACAUCAGGCUGUGUAGCAAUAGAAAUAGCCACAGUUCCUUUCUCCUGUAAGGAAAGGCCCCCAAGUAAACAUAACAACUGAGGCAGAGCCUUGAACGCUGGUCUUGUCCAUCAUACAAGGGAGAAGGAAAAAGAAUAUGGAACAAGGAGUUUGGUUUGGCAGUGUUUUGUUUUCCCAAGCUUAGCGCUACAAAGAUAUAUGCCCCGUUUGUUGUAGCUUAAAAGUUAUAAUUUUUAGUUUCUAAUUUCAAAAAAGUUGAGAUGUAGUGUUUGUUUUAACUUAUAGAAUUCUAAUUUAUAGCUUUUAUUAACUUUUAGAAAGGGUAGAAGCUGUUUUUUUUAAAGUUGGGAUACCUCAGCUUUUACAACUUCUGCUUAAAUAAUUAUAUUUUUAUGACAAUUUUGCCCUUAUUUUUAGCAAAGAAUUACCCUCUUGUCUACGCAAUCAUGGGUUUUUCUUCUCCACCGCCAUUUCCAUUUUUAAAUCUCUUCCUCUCUCUCGUCAUCUUUCUUUCUCUCUGUACUUUAAUUAAUUUUUUUAUAACAUUUGAAACUUAUACAUAUACACUAAUUAAUUUUUAAAUUAUCAUUCUAUAACUACUGAGGGUAUUAUAGACAAUUAUACAAAAAUAAGUUAUUUUACAGCUUAUGGUAUCAAACACCACAACUACUUAACUACAAUUUCUAAGAAGCUGCAGCAAACAG